GACUCUAAGUAGAGAUAGAAGUGGUUAAACUGUGAAAUAAAAAUCUUACGAAUAAUCAUGAAAUUGAUUUUUGUUGCUCUUACCGCUCUCCUCUGUGGAGCUAAUGCUUAUCCAUCAAUUUUCGAUGGACCACAAUGCCAAGCACCAAGUGGUGGGCUUAUGCCAACCAUUAAAGAAGUUAUUGCUUUGGUUCCACUUGAUAAAGUUGUAGAAAUCUAUAUGGUUGCCAUCAGUAAUGAUAAAGAAGUUCAAGAAGUUAUGGAAUUCGUUCAAUCAGACGAUUUUAUUAAAAUUGUAACAGCUGUUAACAAACAUUCCAAUUUCCACAAAUUGAUGAAAUAUGCUUGUGACGAACUCUAUCUUGAUGCUUAUUAUUAUUUGAAUAUUGCUCACGAAUAUUUAGGAUGGCCAGCAAUUGAACGACCAACAUUCACAAGCAAAUUUGCCCGUUCAGGUUUCCUUGGCAUGUUAGAAGAUAUUUUAGAAGUUAUUCCAACUGAAAAAAUUGUAGCUUUAAUGAAAGAAAAAGUGAAAAGUGAUGAAUAUGUUAAGAAAGCCGUUGAAAUGAUGAGUUCAAAUGACUUCAAAGCAUUAGUCAAAACUGUAACUGAUAUGCCAGAAUACCAAUUUUUGGAAGGAGAAUUGAGAAAAAUGGGAGCUCCAGUUGAAAAAAUCAUUGAAUUUUUACAAAAAUUCUUUGGAUGGGAUUAACUAUAUUGAAAAUGAUAUUUAAUUAACAAUUAAUUUUGCUUAACAAAAUUUUUCAAAUA